GGCUUACAGCUUAAGCGCCUCCGCGGUCUGAGGAAUGUCAACUAUUCAAUAUGGAGGCGGAGGUCGAUAAGCUGGAACUGAUGUUCCAGAAAGCUGAUUCUGAUUUGGAUUACCUUCAAUAUAGGCUGGAAUAUGAGGUCAAGAGUAAUCACCCACAUUCAGCAGGAGAGAAAAAUGCAGUUACAGUUUUAAAGGAAUUAUCAGCAAUAAAGUCUCGCUAUCAAGCUUUAUGUGCACGCUUUAAGGCAGUUUCUGUCGAGCAAAAGGAGAACAAGAGCUGCAUUUGUGCUACUUUGAACAAAACAAUGACCAUGAUACAAGAACUACAACAGCAAACAAACCUGGAGCUAACUCUACUGACUGAAGAAGAGAAAGCUGCGAUAGAGCCAUUAAAGUCUCACGUGCCGGACUGAUAAAAAAGAAUGUUAAAGAGGAAUGCUGGUGGAGAGAAGACUAACUCUACAGAUUGGGCAAGAUGUCUAGAGGCUGGGGCUGAUGAGGAAGCCUGACAUUUUCCUUGACUGAGAGGAUCGUGAUGCAUUUCAUAUGAGGAAAUUGUAAGAAGCGUAGAUGUCCUGCGACUGAAAACCAAAAGGAUGGGGUGGAAAUAAAACAAUGUAAAUACUGAUACCCAGCAUCAUUUGGUCCUUUUAGGCAAUGAAAUCCCUUAGUACUAAUUUUUUUUUAAUUUUCUAUUUUCUUUUUGCAUAGUGUUGGCAUAAUUUUAGAUGUUUUGCGAUUUUGUAAAAUAAUAUUUAUGUACAUUUUGUUCAGGAUGUAAAUGGGCAAAAUACUUGUAUAAAUAUUCAGGUGUUGUUUGCUCUUUUGAGACAAGGUUUCACUAUGUAGCUCUGGCUGGCCCUGGAGCUCACUAUGUAGACCAGACCAGCUCUGAAUCCUAGAGAUGCCUGCCUUUACUAUCACGCUGGGCAUUGUCUGUCUGUCUGUCUGUCUGUCUGUGACAAGGUCUUCCAUAUCCCAGGCUGGCCUCAGAUUUGGUGUCAAUAGGGAUAAUAUUUGACAUUGGUACCUCCUGAGUGCUGGGACUCCCAGUGUGCAGAAGCAGGUCUGGUUUGUAUAGUACCAGCUAGCACGGCUCAGCUGAGCCACAUCCCAACCCUGUAUUUUUUUUCUUUAAUGUACAUUACAGUUAAUAACACACUUACUUGUAUGUAUAUACUGUCCAGUUUUCCCAAAAAAUCUAACAAAUUAAUAGGAUGUUUUGUGAGAACUUUAAUUUUUUUUUCCUUCUUCCCAUUGCUUGCUAGUAAUAAAACAUCAUGAGCUUGUUUUCAAAUGCUGUUUUAGACUUUCUAUUGGUGUUAGAAUAAUAUGUUAUCUUUCAGUGUAGUUUUGUAGUUGUUUAUUCUAUAUGAAUGACAGACUAAAAUCACUGACACAUCUGCUAUUAUUAUCCAGUGUGUGUGUGUGUGUAAAUCAGUUUCACUAUUUUUUGUGGUUCUGGGCUUGAAUCUAGGGUGACACAUGCAUGCUUAGGAUAUAAUCUACCACUGAGUUAUGUCCCUACAAUUUUCUUAUUUAUUUAUUUAUUUAUCUAUUUAUCUAUCUAUCUAUCUAUUUAUUUAUUGAAACAGAGUCCUUCUAUGGUUCAGGUUUGUCUAGGUACCUUGGUGACCUGCCUGCUUCAGCCCUUUAGUGUUGUGAUUACAGGGAGGAGAAACUGUGCCCAUCUGUUUGUUUUUGUUUUGAGACAGGACUUUACUAUGAACCCCAGGCUGGUCUGGACCGAUGUAGAUCAGGCUGGCCUAGAACUCAGAUCACUUGCUUCUGCUCUGGGUGCUAGAAACAAAGCUGGUCCUGUUUUCUCUUUAAAGAUUUAUUUUAGCCAGGCAGUGGUGGCGCAUGCCUUUAAUC